GUAAUUUAUGUGUUUAUAGUAAUUCGUUUGACUGUAAGAAUGAGCUCUCCAUAUUUCACCGAAUCAAUAGCUGUAUUAGACACUUGUGCGACUGAAACUAUGGUGAAAAGUGAUGUAAAUAAAGGAGAUUGAGAUCCAGAAUGGCUCAGAUCAGAAGAUGGUCCUCCAAAAGUGAAAGCAGAAGUUCACGAACAGAGCAUUUCAGUUGCUCCACUGCAAACACAUGCAGAAACUCCUGCAGGUGAGACUAACUGCACAGACAAAGGUGAAGUACAUCAAACAUGCCACGGCUCUGAUCCAGCAGGAGUUUGGCGGAGACACGUUGGAGGGUCUGAUGCGUCGGCCCUAAGAUGGCCCACCUGGCCAAGGACAUCGCCUGGAACCGGGUGUCUGGCAUGGCGAGGAUCCUGGAGGUGGAGCACCGCACCAGGCUGCUGGUGGUGGACCGGGUCACCGAUGAGUUCCUGAAGUUUCACGGUCUGCCGUGUACGGAGGAUAGGGCGAUUGAGAUGGGCUCUCUGUCCUCUUGCUCCUCAGCAGCAUCCUCUCCCCGCGCCUCCCCACGAGACUCCGCCACUCCUCCCUACAACAGACAGAGCUCUGAGGGCAUUUUCAUUAAUAAGAGUCCCAGCAGCACUGGAGGAGUGAUGAACGGCUCUCCGCUCUACAGAGCUCAUGCCCGUCUGGCUUCACCCGGUGAACGCAAGACCGAACCGGAGGCCGAACCCUUCACCAAACUCACAGCCGAGCCUGAACCCGAGUGUGAGCUCCGCACUGACCUCAGCGGAUCUCAGACCAGCACACAGGAGGAGACAGCGUUGGAGGAGGAUGUGGUAUCGAAGGACCUGCGUCCGCGCUCGUGUCACAUGACUAUAGGCGAGCAGGGCUACGGCUUCAACCUGCACUGCAAGAAGUCGCGCACGGGUCAGUUCAUCCGCUCGGUGGACCUCGACUCUCCGGCGGAGCGCGUGGGCCUGAGGCCCAGAGACCGGCUCAUCGAGGUGAACGACAGGAGUGUCGAGGGCCUGCGUCACGCGGAGGUGGUGGCAUUGAUCAGAGCGGGUGGCACAGACACACGGCUGCUGGUGGUGGAUCCCGACACAGAUGAGCUCUUCAACCGACUGGGCAUCGUGCCCACAUCUAUUCAUCUUAAAGAAGACUGUGUGGACGGGCCGAUCAUAGAGAGUCUUGGAACGACAUAUCCAACCGCACACAGCCCUGUGUCUUCUUCUUCACCGGUCCCAGACACCCCCAAGAUCUCUCCACCAAUCAUCAACAUCACACUGACUGAGCCACCAAUCAGCAACGGCUCCCCAAGACACCAGAGUCACAGAAGCUCCUCCUCUCGAUCCACUUUAUCAGAGACGAGCGCUGAAAUCAGCAGCUUUGACAGCAGCAACAAGGUGUGUGCCAGGAAAAUCACUCAGUAA